AUGCCGGCUCCGGCGACGGGCCCAGGAUCGACGACGUCGGCCACGGCCUCUGACGAUGCGAAAGAUGCCGCCUCCAGGUCCGGGUCCUCGGACAUGCCCGUGCGCACAAAGGAGUCCUUUGACCGGCUAAUGGUUGAGCGCUACACGAUGCGCGACUCCAUCGCCGCGUCCGCCCUCAGCCAGCAGCUCAACCAGACCAUGAAGUCAUCGCACGAGAUGCGCGAGAUGAUCAACGAGUAUCGAUCCGUCCGCAACGCAUACCAACAGUGGUUUCCCCCCAGCAAGCUGUACGGCGAGGGCUACAAUGGCUAUGCCAAUGGGUACACAGAGAACCACGGCCCCUCUCGAGUCGUGUAUCCUUCCCAGAAACCUCGUCCCGGCCACCGGACUACGCCUCCCCUCAAAUACAGUCGAAAGGAUAUGCUCAAGCAGGCCGAGCAGCACGAGGAUCUGGUGCCCCUGAGGCUGGAUGUUGAGUGGGACAAGAUUAAGCUGCGCGACACCUUUACUUGGAACUUGCACGAGCGCCUCCUGGCCGUCGAGCUGUUUGCUGCACAGCUGGUCGAGGACAUGGGCCUGAAGCCUCCGGCCUCACAGCCUGUAUAUGAACAGGUCGUCCUGCAGAUGCGGGAGCAGCUCAACGACUUUUACCCUUUCGCAUAUUCCGAAGAAGAUGCUUUGGACCCGGAACUCCCCUAUUCGGCCUACAAGAACGACGAGAUGCGUAUUCUGGUCAAGCUCAACAUCACAAUUGGACAACACACCCUGGUGGAUCAGUUCGAAUGGGAAAUCAACAACCCAAGCAACUCUCCCGAAGAGUUUGCCGCCGGCAUGACUCGAGACCUCUCUCUGUCUGGGGAGUUUACCACGGCCAUUGCCCACUGCAUCCGCGAGCAAUCACAGCUCUUCACAAAGAGUCUCUACAGCAUUGGCCACCCAUUCGAUGGAAGGCCGGUCGAGGAUUCGGACCUAGUGUCUGCUUUCUUGCAGACACCAUUGCCGACUGUUUUCCGCCCGCAGCAACAGGCCAAGGAAUACGCCCCCUAUCUGUAUGAGAUGAGCGAAGCCGAUCUAGAAAGAAACGAGACAGUCUUUUCCCGGGACCAGCGGCGGCAGAAGAGAUCAAUCAACAGGAGAGGUGGACCCCAGCUUCCCGACCUCAAGGACAGGCAGCGUACCAUCCGCACUCUCAUCGUAUCGUCUGUGCUACCUGGAGCUGCGGCAAACAUUGAGGAGAGCAGGCUGUACAAGAAGGUGGCUGGUCCUACUAGGAAGCGGGUGGCUCGAGAUGGUGAGAUAUCCGAGUCUGAAGAAAGCGAAGACUCGGCGCCUGAUUCUCCGGCGCCGUCAAAUAUGGCCGGCACGGCUCGCACCAGAAACAUGCGCGGUGCCGCAUCUGCCGCCCAGCAGAGAAUGGCAAACCUGGGCCGGUCAGAAACGCCAGAUAUAGCCAGCCACCAUCACGAAACCAGAACAUCUCGCCGCUUCCGUGAAGAAACGGAAGACCGCACAGAAUUGGUGGUGACGUUGAGAGUCAACAGGGAGAAGCUAAAGCGAAUCAUACGAGGCGACUACCGUGAUCUGGCUACUUCCUCCGUGCCACCAGAAACCCCUUCUUCAACUUCCAAUAUACGAACACCGACCUUCACAGCCCCGCCAAAGCCUAAGGCGUUGACACCAGUCCCAACUCCGGCUCCAGCGGGAUCUACGCCUCAACCAGCAGCGGCCGGCACCGGAGCCGUUCCUCCAGGACAGAUAGGCCGCCUACCUGCGCCACCGCUCAUUCCUGGCCAAUCUCCUCCCCCAGCACCUCCGCCACCUGAAUGGCUUGUGCAGUCAUUAAAGGAGCUCGAGAAGCAGUAUCCGAAUGGCGACAGGUUUGAGGCCAUAAUGAAGUACUCACACCUUGACCCCGUCACGGAGCUGCCCAUCCAGACACAGCCCAUGCCAGAGGGCGUUAAGUAUGCCUGGCUCCCGCGAAUCCGUUGUCUGGACUGCACAACGAAGCUUUAUACUCCUGGCCCGGAUAUGACGGCACAAAAGUUCGAGGCCCAUCUUAGAUUCUCUGGCCACCGCGAAAAAGUCAGAGCUAGGCUAGCACAUCAAGGCGCUGGAGCAUCUUCUUCAACGUCAUGA